AUGACACAGAGGGUUACCGGCCAGCGCUUUCGCCAGCGCAAGCUAUCUACUAAACAGAACCUACCCAUUCUUCGUGAGAACGAGGUUGAGCAGCUCGGCGACGAUGACGCGACGCGGCACAUUCCCAAGGUCGAGACGGGCGUCGAAAAAGGGGAAGAAAUCGAGCACCAUCUGCAAGCCGUGAUAUCUGCCGCCCAGGCAGCAUCUCAAGGUGGCGGCAAGAUCGCACAGCUCUACAUCCCUACACCUGAUGCUGUUGCAAGUAAGCUGCAGUAUGAGGACCUUUACCCAAGACAGUUUACUCAACCGUCAACCUACAUUCGCUUCUCGUCUACCGUGGAAGACACGAUAGGAUGUCCGUAUUGCAUGACCAGCGAAGAUGCUGCUUGGCUUAAGUCGUACAACCAAAAGAAGAACAAAGGUGUACAGUGCUCCGAGGAGGAGCUCGAGCUAGUCAUCAACUUCUUCGAGGAAGCUACCCUAGAAAAGCAACCAUAUGCGGACGUGGACAACACCCCCGUCCUCACGUAUGAGGAGCUCGAGGCUUUGUUCGACGAGAGAAUCCCCGAGCAUGCACGGAGAUUCGCCAAAGAUGUUUACGUGCACUGGAAAGCUGAGCGCGAGCGAAGGCUCAACCGUCCAUUGAUGCCCACGCUCAAAUUUGAGAAGAAUCUCGACACAGACGAUUCAGAUCCGUAUGUCUGCUUCCGCCGUCGCGAAGUGCGCAUGCAGAGGAAGACGCGCGGUCGCGAUGCUCAGGUGACCGAGAAGCUGAAGAAGCUAAGGAAGGAGCUGGAGGAAGCUCGGUUUAUCAUGGCGCAGGUCAAGCGCCGUGAAGUCAUGAUCCGGGAACAGCUCGCCUUGGACAAGCUGAUCUUCGAGCAACGAGGUGAAGUCAAGGAGACCAAGAGGAGGCUUAGCAUCAAGGGUGAUGACGAAGAGCUCCUCAUCAACCAGAAGGUUCGCGUUCCUCUCGAUGCUCGUAAAACCCCAUUCCUAACACUUUUGCAGCCUGCUCCGAAGCCCAAGCCUAGAGUCGAUACCCAGGCUCUUCAAAGAGGCAUUCCUGGCAUGGGCCCUAAACCUCCGGUUACUCGUCCCGAUGGCCGACUUGUCGAUUCGGAUCUUGUAUAUCUUGAUGACCAGCUUGUGAAGAAAUCCGAGAUCAUCGACGGGUUUAUCGAAGAGAAUUUGAUGAAGCACCAGAAGUGGAAUGUUGGAUGGGUGGAUGCAACAUGGCGCCCUAUCACACCACCUUUAGAGCAGCCCGCGGCAAAGUCAGACUUCCGCCGCGUCUUUACAGAUUCGCAAUUGCCGACACCCCCAGCAUCGGUGUCUUCUGAAGAAGUUGGCGAUGCGAUGGCCGUCCAACAAGUGAAGCAAUCUGAGCCACGCAGAAGUGCGCGGAUACGGUUCGGUACACCCCCAGAUGAUGUUCCGUACCAGGAUCAAUCGCGGUACCGCCGGCGCACAGGUCGGGGUGGUCGUGUAAUGAUAGAUCGCCGAGGCGUGAAGCGUCCUAAGCUUGACAACGAUCCUAUUGACGAGCGAAUGGCCGACAGGUGGAAGUUCGCCGGCGAUAGUAGCGAAGACGAACAGAUCUAUCCCGUAGACUGGACUGACAACCUUCACAUUCGGUACAGGAUCAUGAUCGAGCGCCAGGGCGAGAAGCAGCAUGCUCAACACCAGGCUGCAGCUGCAGCCGCGGCCGCAGCACAGAACCGGAGAGCGAUUGAGAACCACCAAAGAUCCGGGUCGGGUCAUCUGGCUCCGCCUGGCGCUGGGCAGUGA